UCUAAAUGUUAAAUAUAAAUGAAAAAUAUUAAUGUUAAAUAUAAAUCUAAAUGUUAAAUAUAAAUCUAAAUCUAAAUGUAAAAUCUAAAUGUUAAAUAUAAAUAUAAAUCUAAAUGUUGAAAUUAAAUGUUUCGGGUGAAACUAAAUAUUUAACUAAUAUGCAAAUUCAAAAUGCCGCUAACCGGAAGUGCCAAAAUAAAAGCUCGAGGUCAGUUUGUGUGUUUAUAGCAUCGUGUCAAAUAAGUAACGAAUAAAAACCAUCUCAUCCGAGGAAAUUGACUCUUGGACAUGGAUUAUCGUGAUAAUAACUACUUAAAAUAAUAAUCACGUUUGAAGAAACUGUAUUUGAGGAGUAGGCAAGUGUCAUUUUUAUGAAAAGUGCGGGACCUGUAGCAAUAAUAGCCAGCCACGAGGGGUCUCACUUUGACUGAAUUUAUGUCCUCACUCAUCAUGUCAUCACUCUGUCAUGUUCGCAUGCUUAAUCGCCAGCAAGAGCCUGUAUCCCCGCCCGCCCCGACCAGGUACGGUAACCGUUAACGUUACUGUCGUUCAAAAUGUCCAACGAAUCCGCUUUAGUUGAGAGCAUCGGCAGAGCCGUCCUGGCGGCUAUCCAAAAUGUUUCAACAACGACAACAACCGCCUCCGGGCCACCACAUGCCACCACACCGGUUCCCACCACUUACAAUUACACACCGGGGCCAGCCACACCCACCACCUCCACUGGGACAUCAUACCGCUCGGUUCCCUUUCCAUCAGUUCAUCAAAGGACUGCUACACACUCACGUUUUGUCAGAAAAAACAAAGCCUGCAAACACUAUACAAAAGAUGUUGUGUGCUUGCCUUUUUCGUCAGCAUCAACAUUCCGCAUUCCAAGGGGAGACUCGAGAGCAAAUUUAGCACGCGAUGGCCUUAUUGGGAAGAUCUCCUUUACAUCUGACUGGUCUGAAGCACAACUUAAAGAAGAAAUGACUGCCAUUUUCAGAAGAACGUUUGCAUUGUCUAUGGGCCAGUCUUUCCCAUUCGAGUAUUUGAGUACAGUCAAGGGAUGCAAAAGACUAAUGAAACCAAAUGUCUCAAGCAGUUUUCUGUGGGGUGGAAAAGAAGUUGCCUCGAUUAGUUCAGCCACUUGUCUCUAUAUAAUGGCAUCAAUAAGCAAACCUGUACAGGAGGAACCUGAGGAACUCUCCGAUAGUGACUUUGAAAGUCCUGUGGGCUCGAGAAAGAGAGUUCAUACAGUGUCACCUUCCACAAGUGAAAGUGAGCUCAACAGUCAAGGCAGUGAAAAUGAGAGACUGCAAGAAAGUCCAUCACAUCAAAGAAUGCUGAGUACAGUGCCUUCAUCACAGAGGGAAAGUGGGGCCAGAAGGCAGGAGACAGAGAGCAGCACUCAAGAAACUGAAAGUCAGGGCCAGGCAGAGGACCUGAGACAAGUGUUUCCUUAUAAUGUGGCAGACUUUGUCCCUGUUUUUCUGGAGGAAGAUGAGGCUCUUGAAGAGGCUAUUCAGCGUAGUCUACUAGAAGAGUUUGAUGGACCUGCUGUUAAUACUUUAAAGUCAUCUGAAAUGCUGAGCAAAGAAGAAAUUGCAGGUCUUCUACAAGCUCAUAGUGAGAGAGUUAUUACAUCGGGAACAAGACAGAUCUAUAUCAGCCGAGCCAAUGUUUGGACCACAGCCUUACGUGUGUUUAAGAGACACAGUUUUGCAGAAAGCUGUGACAAGCUCUAUGUCACAUUUACAAGCGAUGAACAUGAUGCUGUGGAAGAUGCUGCUGACCUUGGGGGUCCCAGACGAGAGUUUUUUCCGCUUACUGGUGAAGGCUAUCUUCCAGGACAGUGGAGCUUUUGAAGGCACACCAAAUGGAUGCACACCAAGACUGAACAUGCUCCACUUGCAAAACGGAGUGUAUCGAACCAUUGGCAGGAUGAUGUCUACAAUAAUAGUGCAAGGGGGUGAAACACCUGCAUUCCUGUCUCCAAGUGUAGUGGA